CGCUGUCCUCCGGAGGUGCCCCGGGGGACCGGCCCGGGCACGGCUGACUCCCCCCGCUCUGCUGAAGCGCGGAAAAACUCUCUAUAACCCACAAAAUAAGUUAUAAGAGUAGCCCCGAAGCACAGGGUGUGAUUAGCGGUGCCGUGUUCCUGAUCAUCCUCUUCUGCUUCAUCCCCGUGCCCUUCCUGAGAUGUUUUGUGGAGGAGCAGUGCGCUGCCUUUCCUCACAACGAGGUGAGGCUCGUCCAGUGCUGCAGGCAUGGCAGGCAGGGGCAGGGAGUGGCCACCGGUGACCGGGGUCCUGUUCUCUGUCCUGCAGUUCGUGGAGCUCAUCGGUUCACUCCUUGCCAUCUGCUGCAUGAUUUUCCUGGGCUUUGCAGAUGAUGUUCUGAACCUGCGCUGGCGCCACAAGUUGCUUCUUCCUACCAUGGCUUCCCUCCCACUGCUUAUGGUUUACUUCACCAACUUUGGGAACACGACCAUUGUGGUGCCUAAGCCCUUGCGGGUGCUGCUAGGCAUGCACUUGGACCUGGGUAUCCUCUACUACGUGUACAUGGGCAUGCUAGCAGUGUUCUGCACUAAUGCCAUCAACAUUCUCGCCGGAAUUAAUGGAAUUGAAGCAGGACAGUCACUGGUGAUAGCUGCUUCCAUUAUCAUAUUCAAUAUUGUAGAGUUAAAUGGGGAUUAUCGAGAUGAUCACAUCUUUUCUCUCUACUUCAUGAUUCCCUUUUUUUUUACCACGCUGGGCCUGUUUUACCACAACUGGUACCCAUCUCGAGUGUUUGUUGGGGACACCUUCUGCUACUUUGCUGGCAUGACCUUUGCUGUGGUGGGGAUCUUGGGACAUUUCAGCAAAACAAUGCUGCUUUUUUUCAUCCCGCAAGUACUCAACUUCCUCUAUUCAUUGCCUCAACUCUUCCACGUCAUUCCUUGUCCCCGUCACCGGCUUCCGAGGCUUAAUCCUAGUACAGGGAAGUUGGAGAUGAGCUAUUCCAAGUUCAAAACUAAGAGCCUCUCUGCCCUGGGAACAAACAUUCUGAAGGUAGUCAAGAUCUUGCACAUUGUAGAUGUGAAGAGUGGAACAGAUGAAGAUGGUGAAUACACCGAAUGCAGUAAUAUGACGCUUAUUAAUUUUGUCAUAAAGCUGAUUGGACCCACCCACGAGCAAAAUCUCACUCUCCUGUUGCUACUCAUUCAGGUCCUUGGCAGCAUGCUUGCAUUUUCGAUCCGGUACCAACUAGUGCGCUUGUUUUAUGAUGUCUGACUGGACUGUCAGGAGCAAGGGAAAGAGUUCUACCUGCCAGUCCAUUUUCUCCAGUUGCUUGACCAAAUGAUUGAAUGUUCCCGCCCUCUGAGAACCUCAGAAUAGCUGUCAGAACACAAGCAACUGCUUUGUGUGGGCUGGUUUUGAACUGGGAUGUUUUUUGUGCACCAAAGGCUUUUGUCCAGUUCUGUGAUAGAAAAGAUUCACUGCUAUUUGGACAUCGUUGUUAUUAGGAAUACCUUUUAGAGGGGAAGCAAAUGACAGCACUUAGGUAAAGUGGCAAAGAUGGAAUCUCUAUACAUCUAACAAAGACAUUACUGUUCACCAAGAGCAAAAAGAGCUACUUUUAAUUUCUGUGAGCAGAGUAAGUAAACCAGACUCCGCUCUUGGCUUCACCAAUCCUGUUUUUGGUUCAUGGACAUAGAACAACAUGUGAAAACCCAUACUCAAAAUUCAGUGCUCCGAGAAUAAAAUAAUUCAUGGUACCCUU